AUGUCCAACGAUCGCACCUCCCCUAUCUCAGUCCCAAAUGCAGAGAAUCGACAGCGUCGGGGCUCUAUCGCCGAUAUCUUUUCCAAGCCGAGUAAUCCAUCCAAUACCCAUACUACAAAUCCGCAGCCAAACCAGCGUCGACUCUCGAUCACCACGCUAGGCCUCUCUGGUUCUCCCACACAAACCUCCGCCUUUGGAGGCAAUCGCGAUCUCCGCCGAGGCAGUCUCUCCAGCUCAAUGGGCUCCAAUUUUCCCACCGAAGACGCUGUCGAGGACGAGCAGGGAACCUCACCCAACUCACAGUUUGCGAGACGUGUCUCCUUCGGUGCACAGGCACUGCGUGAUGCUCGUGCAGGAAGCAUAGGCAAUGGCCCACGCCGUUCUCCGCCGGCUGGCUCGGCCAUCAUUGCUACCCGAUCUUCCGCAAGUAUCUCAACUUCUCCUCAGGAUGAGAGAUCUAACACAUCCCGCCGACCCUUAGGCGAAGGCUUUAAUUGGUCAGAGGCCCUCCGCUCCCGUGCUGAGCGUGCCCCCUCCCUCGGGGGGCCCGUCUCCCCCCAGGCAAGCCAGCGCUCCCACGGUUACCACCAGCGUGCCGCCUCCAUUGCGUCCAUGGAGCAGCCAGGCCGGGAAAUCCCCCGCCAGCCCAAGCAGAAUAAGCCGGAUUUCUUUCAGGAGAAGAUCCUGAGAGGUGACUUUAUGGAUUAG